AUGAAUAUCCUAGAAUGGGCUUUCGGCAAGCGCAUGACGCCGGCCGAGCGUCUGCGCAAGAACCAGCGACUCCUCGACAAGGCGAUCAGGGAAUUGGACCAGCAGCGCGUCAAGCUGGAGAAGCAGGAGAAGGCUCUCGUCGCCCAGAUUCGCCAGAGCGCCCAGAAGGGCCAGAUGGGUGCUUGCAAGAUUCAAGCAAAGGAUUUGGUUCGCACCAGACGAUACAUUGACAAGUUCUACGGCAUGAAGAGCCAGCUGCAAAAGAUCUCCCUCCGCCUCCAGACCUACCGCACGAACGAGCAGAUGAUGCAGGCGAUGAAGGGUGCUACGAUGGCACUUGGGAGCAUGAACCGUACUAUGAACCUUCCCUCUCUCCAGCGAAUCGCCAUGGAGUUUGAGCGGGAGAACGACAUCAUGGAGCAAAGGCAAGAGAUGAUGGACGAUGCUAUUGAUGAUGCCAUGGACGUCGGUGCUGAAGAGGAGGGUGAUGAGAUUGUGGAACAGGUCUUGGAGGAGAUUGGUGUAGACUUGAGCCAAGCACUCGGCGAAACACCUUCAGGUCUCCAGUCCCAAUCCGUGCCGGAGACCAAGAUUGCGCAGGCGGUUGGAGGAGGAGGCGGCGGAGCAGAUCCCGGGGACGACGACCUACAAGCCCGGCUGGACAGUCUCAGACGAUGA